CUGGGCUAGGAGCCGCCGCCUCCUCCCCCGCCCAGCGAUGUAUUCAGCGCCCUCCGCCUGCUCUUGCCUGUGUUUACACUUCCUGCUGCUCUGCUUCCAGGUACAGGUGCUGGCGGCUGAGGAGAACGUGGACUUUCGCAUCCACGUAGAGAAUCAGACCCGGGCUCGGGACGAUGUGAGCCGUAAACAGCUGCGGUUGUACCAGCUCUACAGCCGGACCAGUGGGAAACACAUCCAGGUCCUGGGCCGCAGGAUCAGUGCCCGCGGCGAGGACGGGGACAAGUAUGCUCAGCUCCUAGUGGAGACAGACACCUUUGGGAGUCAAGUCCGGAUCAAGGGCAAGGAGACGGAGUUCUACCUGUGUAUGAACCGCAAAGGCAAGCUCGUGGGGAAGCCCGAUGGCACCAGCAAGGAGUGUGUCUUCAUAGAGAAGGUUCUGGAGAAUAACUAUACUGCCCUGAUGUCGGCCAAGUACUCUGGCUGGUACGUGGGCUUCACCAAGAAGGGGAAACCCCGCAAGGGCCCCAAGACCCGGGAGAACCAGCAGGAUGUGCACUUCAUGAAGCGUUACCCCAAGGGGCAAGCCGAGCUGCAGAAGCCCUUCAAGUACACUACGGUGACCAAGCGGUCUCGGCGUAUCCGCCCCACGCACCCGGGCUAGGCGGCCCUGUGGCCACUGCAGGCCCUUCUGGCCACACUCAUACUCCCAGAGAACUGCAUCAGAGGAAUAUUUUUACAUGAAAAAUAAGGAAGAAGCUCUAUUUUUGUACAUUGUGUUUAAAAGAAGACAAAAACUGAACCAAAACUCUUGUGGGGGGGUGAAAAGAAUUUUAUUGUUGACUUGAAACCCCCAAUGACAAAAGACUCACUAAGGGACCCUUGUCAGCCCGUAGGUGCUUGCCUCUGUCUAGGAGUAGACAGCUCCAAACUUGUCCCCAGAGGAGGACUUGAAUGAAGAAACCAACACUCGAGAAACCAAAGUC